CAAAGUGUCCGUGAAGAAGAAAUAUUUCAACACUACGAAUCAUAAAUUAACCAAACCAGUGAUCUUUUUUGUCGGUAAAUUCCGCAAGGAUGGAUCUAAGUUUCUUUUUGGUGACUGUUGUGACUUUACUGGUCGCAGGAUAUUUAUAUGUGAAGAAAAAGUAUCAAUAUUGGGAGGAAAGGGGAGUCCCAUACGUGAAGCCUCAAUUUCCGUUAGGAAAUCUACAAGAAAUGGGAAGUACGAAGCAUUCAAGUGAGAUUUUUACAAAAAUCUACAAUCAACUUAAAGGAAAAGAUGUCUUUGGAGGAAUAUUCUUCUUUACCCAGCCUGUGGUGGUGGCACUGGACUUGGAAUUUGUGAGAAAUGUCUUCGUAAAGGAUUUUCAAUAUUUUCACGACAGAGGAUUUUAUAUAAAUGAAAAGGAUGAUCCAUUGUCAGGGCAUUUGGUUUCGCUAUCUGGUCAAAGGUGGAAGAAUUUGAGGAAUAAACUGAGCCCUACAUUCACUUCUGGGAAGAUGAAAAUGAUGCACAGUACGAUUACUGCUGUUGCUAAAGAGUUUCAAAAUUACUUGGAACCAUUCGCAGAAAAAAACGAAGUUGUUGAAGUGAAGGACAUCUUUUCUAGAUUUACAACUGACGUUAUUGGAAAUUGUGCUUUUGGAGUUGAGUGCAACAGUUUGAAGGACCCCGAUGCCGAAUUUAGAAGGAUUGGAAAGAAAAUUUUUCAGUUUGAAGGAUUAGAAUUUUUACGUAUAUUUUUCCUAACUGCUUUCCCAAAUGUUGGUCGGGCAUUGAAAAUGAAAAUUAACAAACCUGAGGUAUCUGAAUUUUUCAUGAGACUCCUCAAAGAAACUGUUGAAUACCGAGAGAGGAAUAAUAUUAAGAGAAAUGAUUUCCUAUCACUUCUCAUGCAAAUUAUGAAAACAGGGAAACUUGAAGGAGAUAAUACGGAUUUGGGAAAAAUGACUUUUGAAGAAUUAGCUGCACAAACCUUUGUCUUUUUUGUUGGUGGAUUUGAGACAUCUGGAUCAACAAUGACUUUUGCCUUCUAUGAAUUAGCGCAACAUCAAGAUAUUCAGGAUAAAGCGAGAGAAGAAAUUCAUAGGAUUCUUGAAAAGUACAAUGGAGAAUAUACAUAUGAGGCCUGUAUGGAGAUGAAAUAUAUUGAUCAGAUCAUAAAUGAAACCCUAAGGAAACAUCCUAUUGGCGAUUCUCUAAUAAGACUUUGUGGACAAGACUACAAUGUCCCUGGAACUAAACAUGUAAUUGAAAAAGGGACAACGGUGAUGGUACCAGUUUAUGGUAUUCACCACGAUCCACAAAUAUAUCCAGAUCCCGAGAAAUUUGAUCCUGAUAGAUUCACGGAUGAGAAUAUUAAAAAUCGUCAUCCCUUUGCUUGGAUUCCAUUUGGAGAAGGUCCUAGGAUUUGUGUUGGAAUGCGAUUUGGAAUGAUGCAAACUCGAGUUGGUAUAGCGCAUGUGCUCAGCAAGUAUCGUGUUAAGACAUCUUCUAGAACUCAAAUACCAUAUGUUCCUAAUCCUCCUUCCCAAGUAUUGUCUCCAAAGGGAGGAAUGUGGUUGAAAUUGGAAAAGAUUUAAUUUCAAAAUGUAGUGAGAUUUCUUCAUUGGUAUCCUACUUUUAGCAAAAGUUUCAAACGUUUCAAAUGAAUUAUUGAGAAAUAAAUUAAUUUGAAUUGA